AUGAACAAGACAGAAUGGGCGAGAAUUUCCGCCUGCCGCGUUCCUGCACCAAGACUCCAAGACUCCAAGACUCCAAGACUCUACAUUCUUAUCGCUCGUCUCAGCUAUAUGCAGUGCAGCGCGGGCCGACGACGAGUUGUGCCAGGCAUCAUCGAAUCCCAGCUUGGUGUUACACUCAAGGCACUAAGGCCACAGAGCGGCAAAGAAAACAUUUCUUGUAUUCGUCCAUGUUGCGCCCUUUCUCUCAUCGCACGCGUCGGGGAACUAGUUAUCCCAGGAUGUGCGCAAUUCCUGAAUUUCGGCGGGUACCAGAACCGACCCCACGUUGACAAACCAAGCAAUGCGAUUUGCGGCAAGAUAUCGGCUGCCUUGCAUCAAGUUUCUCUCUCUGGCAAUCUAUCUGUUGCGCGACGCAUGCUUGCGACGUGCGACGUGGGCGCAGAGUCGCAUGUCCACAGGCUGUACUGCAAGCCACGACGCCACAGAGGUAUGCCUGAUCGUGUGGUGGCAGAUUCGGUCAUUAAAAGCACGCCAAAUACCAAAAGCCGAAGCCUACGUCCACCAGGAAAGACAAACAUCAGCUGUUGUCGUGGGCUCGACGCCACAAUGGCACAUCCUUGCCCAGACUGGACGAGAUGUACCGAAGAGGCCCGCCGCGGGAGCGCGAUGGCGCCGACACCAGGGCUUUUUCACUCUCAUGACUUGGCCCCUCGUGUCCUUCGGGCCCCCCUCGCACGAGGGCAGAAUGAGGGUGUUGCCUAG